CCAAGAUGGAGAUCACAGGAAAUUGAUUUUCGCAAACAAAAACAAUAUAUUUUUCACCGAAACAACAACAAACGGUGAAAUGGACCCUGAUGUUCUCCAGCUGACACCAGAGGCCACCACCCCCUCCGCCUCGUGGGUCCCAGACGGUCCAUUCCCUCAGCUCAAAACGGAGAAUGAAGCAAGUAAGCCGGAUUCCCCCCUACUAGCAGAAGGUGCCUCACCUCUGUUGGUUGAUAAUGGACCCCUUAGUGGGCCCCUUCAUAUACAGACAGAAGCACAGGCGGAAGCCAUCGCAGAGCAAACCAUCGCUAUCACAGAGGAUGAUGGGACUUGGAGUGAGAACAAUGAUGAUGUAGUUUCCAUGGAAACCAUGUCCUCUAACCCAACCCCUGUCCCAGAUGGCGGCGUGGAGAUCGCGGCUGACCGGAACAUGACGGACAACUUCCGCUCGUACAUGGAUCACCUGUCUCACCUCUCCCCGGAACAGGAGAGCAGUCCAGGCACGUCGCCAUGGCAACGACCCAGUAACAGCGACAACCCCGUGGAAAUGUGCUCGUCUGACGAGUCUGUUGACAGCAACAGAGCGACACAGGGAUCUGGAGAAGAUGCUGAUUCUUCAAUGCUGACCUUUGAAUCCUGGGGGGAGGAUACCAACCCCUAUGACGUAUAUAAUCCCCACAACCCCUACGCCCUGUUCAACCUUCCCACCCCUUCUGCACAUCAGCAAGCAACCACAUUCAAUGGCUUCGACUAUCGCACGAGGGUGUUGCCACAUGAGCAUGAGAGAGGUGGAGGAUUCAGGAGGGUUGGGCGGCUGCCCGCCCAACUGACCCCCCACAAUCUGGUUAGAGAGAGAUCAGCCCCUAGGGAAACGAUCCCUCCAGUACCUGUAGGGAGAGUGUCCCCAGGGUUGAGAGUUUGCUCUCCGCCAGCCAUUGUGAGGGUUGGGUCACAGCCCCAUGGGGAGAGAAUCGUGGUGGCCCCUCUUCCAGAGAUGGAAACGGUGACCCUUGGAAUGCUGCCCAACUCUGCAUUCAGGAGACCCGAGACCUUGCCAGGUGCUGAGACAGGUGAUCCAAAUUCUCGUUUGGAGGACAGAAUGGAAAUGAAUCUGGAUGUCGGAAUUACAGAGGAUCCAGACGAGGGCAAUCCCAUGUUGUGCGACUCCAGGCUGUGUGUAGGAACAUCGCCAUACCCAUCUUGCUCAAAACCGACAGAAGAGACCAGCAAGCAACAUCAUCUGCAGUGUCCAAACAGAGGAGGCUUGAGGGGGACUCAUCAGAAAAUCAGUAGACAUUCCUGUGGGCGGGGGGCUCAUGCUCACUCCCACACUCGCUCGCUGACCGACCGACGGUCUCCCUUUUGUGAUCAUUCCCAGCCAAGCGGUUCCAUCCCAAGAAACGUCCCCCAGAGUGCAAUAAUGAAUGGACAGAAUGUCCUUCAGGCGGAGUCCAAACCUCAGAGAGACUUACGGCCCCAGGGGGCCGGGGGAUCUGUGAGCGUGCUUGAACACAGGUCAGAGGGCGAGGGUCGUGAGGUCAGUGACCUGCUGCGACCGGUAGUCUACGACGAAGAGCCUGGCACUCCCGCUAAAAGCAGAGUGGAUGUUUUACAAAGUGACAGUGAGGGGGAGGAACUGGGCAGCAUUGACCUGACCCAGUCUGACCUCGAGGAGAGGGUGGGAGGGGAGGGGGCAGAGAGGACUGACUCCCCCAUUGCCCCUAUACUUCCCUUUGAUACGGAGGACCCAGACUCUACUUACCACUCGGAUGACAGUGACGUAGAAGUGAUUGGAGUUGAUGCAGUGGACAGAUAUCCCCGGAGAAGGCAGGAGUCCACAGGGAGAGCCACUGUUGUCGUUGAUCUAACAGAGUCAGAUGAUGACCAAGAGAAUAACCGAUCCAGCAUCAUGUCUUUCAACGUGCCCCCCACCUCCCAGCCUGCCCCCACAGAGGGUCGCCAGCCGAGCGCUGCCCCCUCAAGCUUCCCCUGUAGUUCAGGGGGGUCAGAGUCAGCUGCUGGGGCACCCCCCUCCCAGGCCCCGAUGUUUCAGCCCAUCCCCCGUAGCUACAGGCAGCCACCCCCCGCUCACGUCCAUCCCAACUUUGGUGUGUCCAUGGCUCACAUGUGUCGAUCUCAUGACCACGGGCAGCAGGCGUGCAGUGGUCACGGCUGUAAUCAGCAUCCUGCAGCACAUCUUCUUCCCUGCUCUGAGCGCCUCGGCUGUGCUUUCCACGAAAAUGGCCACCCCCAUGUGGGUGUCAAUCAUCCUAGUCACCUGUCAGCACCCCACCCAGGCCACACCCACAUGGGAGGGGCCAGCCACAGUAACCACGGACAUCCCUCCUCGUUGCCUGGACACCCACCUCGAUCACAUGGGGGCAUGCAUCCCCACCCUCAUCUCCAACGACACACUCACGGAGCCCAAGGGGCUUGUGGAGGUAAUUGUACCCAUGGUGUUCCCCCCCACAUGCAUCCAGCGGCAGCCCCACCCCAGCCACCGCGAGCCCACAUACACCACCACCACUACCACCCCCCGCCAAUCCUACCCCCAGGGGUGGUUCCCUUUCUGUUACCACAGCAACCAAUUCCUGACAUGUCCACUCGUAAUAUAGAAGGAAUGCCAUUGUUUCAACAUAAUUCCAUCAGCUCUGCCAGCUGUCUGCAGAAUGCAGCCCCACCCCCACUGAUGAACUGGCCAAGAUCUCAGCCCCAACUGACCCCAGGGCAGGGAGGAGCAUCCUUCAGCGGUCAGAGAGGGGCCACUCCUAACCCCCACCCCCACCCUCACCACACCCCAGAGGCUAUGCAGACAUCAUGUGGGCAGACCCAGUUGAAUGCUGGUCCUCAACACCAUCAGCAUCUUCAUCAUCAUCUUCAUCACUAUCAUCACCCUCCAAGGAUUCAUCACAUCCCCAUCACUCCAGGAGUGCCGUCAGACUUUGCUCCCAUUCCUCAGAUUCCUCCAAUCCAUCCGCACGCCUUACCAGCAUUCACCUACCAGUUUGCCAACUAUAACCUCCCCCGCAACCUGCAGUUGAGAAUGGGGCGCAUGAUGAUGCCUCAUAGGCCCACGUAUGAGGAACUGCUGAGUUUGGAAGAGAGGCUGGGGCAUGUCAACCGAGGGGCCACGCAGGAUGUCAUCGAAAUGAACACCCUUCCUUACAAGUAUAAAAAGAUGAAGAAAGAUGGGGACGACGAUCAUCAGGAGAAAUGUACAAUCUGCCUGAGCGAGUUUGAAAUUGAGGAGGAUGUCAGGCGACUUCCAUGCAUGCACCUGUUUCACAUACCAUGUGUGGACCAAUGGCUGACCACCAACAAGAAAUGUCCGAUCUGUCGAGUGGACAUAGAAGCGGGAAGUAAAGGACACGUAGCACGUGAAUGACAGCCAACUGGGCGUGGCUUACCAAAGAAGUGACAGAGUGGGCGUGGCUUAUCAACUGAGUGACAGGCUCAGUGGGUGUGGCUUGCAGGUUGCUUUGAAAGAGAGGCAAUAUUUUUUCUUAUCGACCCCUUCCCUCCCCCUUUUCAAGUGUUGGUUGACAUUCUACUGGCCUGUAUUUUAAAUGCGUUGAUAGAAUGUGUUUUGCGUCACAAACUGUUUCUUGGUGUAUUCUAGGGUUAUUUUUUUCCUGCUCUUCAAAUGUGACAGACAUUUUUUUUCUCCUUUAGAUGUCAAGUUGAAGAUUAUUAUCGAUUUUUAAAGUAUAUAAUUAUAUAUUCUUGAUAUUGCUGUGGUUUAAACUUUUUUCUAUAUUUGUGUAUGAAAACAAAAUUUUUCCAAGUGCUAUUUUGGUUUUUUUAGCAAUUAGUUCUGAACUUUAUUAUCAGAUCUAUCCAGUUUCCUAUAAGUUGAGCAUUUAAUUUCUUGGCUUGCUGAAACAUGUCUUUAAGACACAGUAUUUAUGUGUAAGUGUUGGUUUUGGCCAUAUUAUAUUUAAAGAAUUCAAAUGUGACAAAAAGUUGCUCUAAAACAGGAGUCUCUUGGAGAGAAUGUUGAAAUUUUGGGUCCAAACCCAAAUUGGAAUGAUAAAUUCAUCGAAUUUUGUCCAUGUAAAAGAAGGAAAAACAUUAAUCUCAUGAAACUGGGUGCUAAAUUGAAAUUAGAAUUGAUUUUAAGGAAUAAAGAAAACUUGCAUACUAUGUUCAUAAUAUAUUCAUUUAAUAACCUUCAGAUUAUAGGGUUUUGAAAAAAUGGCUGAUGAAGUAUUUAUAAUUGAUUUGAUGUCUGUUGUUUUGAGGUGUUCAGAUGCUGUGUUUUAAUGAUGAAUAAUUUAAAUGUUUUUAAGAUUAAUACACUUUUUUCUUGAUUUUUUUUUUUUGUGUGAGUCAAUUUUAUGACUUAUAUAUAACCUUAUAGUGUUCUCUGUGCAUUUGCUCUUGAUAAGAAGAUUUUUCUCUUGUGGUCAAUUUUUUUUUUUAAAUAAAAAAGGUGCUAACCGUUUGUAUGAAUUUUCAGCUAAUACAGAGUUCGAGUAACUUUCACACAGAAUGCUGUUUGCUUUUUGUUUUGAAAUGAUUUGAUUUCUUUAAUAUAGAGGCACGCGCAUUGAAGUAGGCAGUUGAUAGCUGAAGUGUUUUUUUUUUUCUCCUUGCCAUUAAUUAAGCAGUAUAUAUAUAUAAUUACCUCUGCAACAUUACAUAUAAUAUGUGUGUGUGCAAUGUUAUGCAAUAUCUUCAACACUUUUAAUCUUUUAUAGAGUCUUUCCACUUUUGCAUUCCAGUGCUAGGCUGUUUAAUAAGCUAAAAUUAUUAAACCAAAACAAAAAUAAAAAAAAGGAAAACAAAAAAAGGAUGGUGGUAGUUGAAGUGAUCAGAAUAAAAAAAAUUGUUUCAUUUGGUGGUUUUAUAAUUUUACAGCUUUUUGAUGAUUAGAUUUUUUUUUGUCGCAUUGAACAAAACAGCAAAAGCAAGUGCAUGUAUUACGACUGAUAUUUCCAAUAAUAUACAAUGUAUUGCUGGUCAGUUGAAAGUAUUUUUAAACCAUGCUGUAGAAAACAUUUGCCUUAAUGUUAGUCUUCCUGUUUCGUGUGUAUUUUUUCUCUCUCCAUAUUUAACUGUCAUAUUUCAUACAGAAAGUGUUCUAUUUAUAAGCCUGAUGCAAUAGCCAAUAGAUUGCUUUUCUAAAAUGUCAAAUAUUUGACCCCAGAAUUUGAAAUUUAUUUUUUUUUUAGUCAUAAGACUUUGUGUCAUGUGAACUCACAUGACUGUCCAUGUGAAAGUCAUGUGAUUUGUUCAUGUGAAAUUCAUGCGACCUUUUCAUGCAAACUUGUCAUAUAAAUAUAUAAUAAUCCUUUCGCUCGUGUAGGAUUUUGGUUAGGGAAAGUUGGUGAUCACAAAAUCAUGCUUGUGUUUUUUUUCCCCCCACAAAAGCAUUAUAUACAGUAUUUACCUCUAUAGUUAAAAGUGCAUUGUUUGUAGAAAUAAUCAAAAUCCUGUGCAAUUUGGUGAGGACUCUUUUUUUUUUAAAUUGAGAGUCUAUAUUGCCUUGCUCCUUUGCACCCUUGCUAACAAGCAAUUUGUUUAGUACCGUUGAAUGGAAGCUUUUCUGCAGGGAUCUUGUUGGAUAGGAAUUCUUUUAUAUACAUGGAUUUAUAUAUAUAUAUAUAUUCCCUAUAGGGAGUGUUUGUGUGACAUAUUCUGUAUACAGGGUCAUUUAUCGCCCCGUGCUAUUAUCGCCCUUCUUUCACCUGGUCUUGAAUUUGCCCUGACACAUUUAAAAAUACAUCUUUACUUCUUCUAAAGAACACAGUUAUUUAAAAAAUUUGCCUUGUCUUGGAAUUCGCCCGCAACGAGAGCGAUCUAAAGGGGCGAAAAUAAAACAAGGGCGAGUAUUUCCCCUGUUUACAGUAUACUGUAUACAGGGUUAUUUUCGCCCUGUGUAAUUUUCGCCCCUUUUACAAUUGCAAACAGUUUCGCCCCGUCUUUAAUUAGUCCAGGUGCAGUUGUGUUUAACAGAGAUAUUAUUUGUAAUAUAGAGUUCGCCCAGUCUUAAAUUCACCCUUUGACAACGAGGGCGAAAGGGGCGAAUAUAAAACGAGGGCGAUUAUUUCCCCUGUGUACAGUAUAUAUAUAUUUUUUUUCAUUUGGUGUGACUGUUGUAUGCCUUUUUUUUAUAGCCUGUGAUAGUUAGUCAGUUGUUUGGGUCUCGGAAGAUUUUUUCUGGUUUUUCCUUCUGUAUUUAUUCGUAGGAAAAUAUUGAAGCUUUUUCUUUGAAUGUUUUAAACCGGGUUGUCAUUAAUAGCAGUUAAGAAAUAUAACUUUGUUUAUUCGAUGUUAUAAUAAGGAUAUAUAUGUUCAUUUGUUAGAGAAUUUUUUAAACAACACCACACACCCCCCUUAAUAUAAAUUUAAUUGUUAAAACGCACACUUUAUCAUACAAUACUUAAAAGAAAAAGAGGAAAGAGUCGUACAAAAUUUUACCGUCAACUUUCCAUUCUAUGCUGUAUCGAAAACAGUUUGUAAUUGCAAUUAAGUUUUUUUUAUCGUCCGCACGGCGUUUUUACUCUCAAUCGAGAAUAAUUACUAUUUACAUGUUGUUUAUAUUUAGAAUCGGUAAUUGUAACACUGUGGUUAUGGGUAAAGCAAAAAAUUUUUUUUAUUCAUAAUAGCGAACUUGUAUUUUGUAUCAAUGGCUUUUGUGUUUAACAAAUAUUUAGGUGUUUUUUUUUCCUCACAUACGUUCACUUUAAAAGGCUAAAUGAUAAUUAUUUAAAAAGAAAAAAAAAUAAUAGUAGAUUUUUUUUUCGCCUGGUAUAUAUACUGCACAGUGUGUAUAGUUUGGUAUUUGGUUUGGAUUUUUUUUUUUUAGUGAAAUAAUGUAAUCUGUUUAUAACCCAUACACGCUCAAAUCUUUUAUAUAUAUUAAAUUGUUUGGGUAAGAAUUGAAUAAGCUUUAAUGAUUAAUGGUGACCUUUCUUUUUCAAACAACAGAACUUUUUGGAACCAGAAAACUUGAGAGAGAGAGAGAGAGAGAGAGAGAGAGAGAGAGAGAGAGAGAGAGAGAGAGAAUA